GGAGGGGGGACGGAGAGGCGUGAGCUCCUCGCGGGCCCGCGCGUUUCCGGCGCGCUCCCUCACCCCCCUGCAUUCGGCAUCUUGUGGUUUCGCCCGCACCCGCUGCCAUGUUGGAUUGUGCGGCCGCCGUCGCUGCCGCCGCCGCCGCCGCCGCCGCCGCCGGAGGACCGAAGGAGGAGUUGAGAGUUUAGCGCAGUCGCCCAGUGUCACGGAAUUGGGUGCAUCCGGCCUGCGCCUCGCCGGGCUAGAGCGCGGCCUGCUGUCAGUUCUCCUGCCGGCGCCCUCCUCCGCCUCCUCCUCCGCCCGCCUCGGAGGGGCUGCGCGGCGAUGCACCUCUGAGUGCCCGCUCCCCGCCCCUGUCACCGCGAGGGAGGACGACCGCCCCGCUCGCCCUCCCGCCGCCCGCGGACGCGGCCCCGGACUCCCAGCCCAGCCGGCGACACCAUGAGCUCCGGCCAGCAGCCGCCUCCCCCGCGGAGGGUCACCAACGUGGGGUCCCUGCUGCUCACCCCGCAGGAGAACGAGUCCCUCUUCUCCUUCCUCGGCAAGAAAUGUGUGACUAUGUCCUCAGCUGUGGUACAGUUAUAUGCAGCAGACCGGAACUGUAUGUGGUCAAAGAAGUGCAGCGGUGUUGCUUGUCUUGUUAAGGACAAUCCCCAGAGAUCUUAUUUUUUAAGAAUAUUUGACAUUAAGGAUGGAAAACUAUUGUGGGAACAAGAAUUAUACAAUAAUUUCGUGUAUAAUAGUCCUAGAGGAUAUUUUCAUACCUUUGCUGGAGAUACUUGUCAAGUUGCUCUUAAUUUUGCCAAUGAAGAAGAAGCAAAAAAAUUUCGAAAAGCAGUUACAGACCUGUUGGGAAGGCGACAAAGGAAGUCUGAGAAAAGGCGAGAACCUCCAAAUGGUCCCAAUCUACCCAUGGCUACAGUUGACAUAAAAAAUCCAGAAAUAACAACAAAUAGAUUUUAUGGUCCCCAAGUCAACAACAUCUCACAUACCAAAGAAAAGAAGAAAGGAAAGGCUAAAAAGAAGAGAUUAACCAAGGCUGAUAUUGGAACUCCAAGCAAUUUUCAGCACAUUGGACAUGUUGGUUGGGAUCCAAAUACAGGCUUUGAUCUAAAUAAUUUGGAUCCAGAACUAAAGAAUCUUUUCGAUAUGUGUGGAAUCUCAGAGGCCCAACUUAAAGACAGAGAAACAUCAAAAGUUAUAUAUGACUUUAUUGAGAAAACAGGAGGUGUUGAAGCUGUUAAAAAUGAACUCCGAAGGCAAGCACCACCACCACCACCACCAUCAAGAGGAGGGCCUCCACCACCUCCUCCCCCUCCACAUAGCUCAGGCCCUCCCCCUCCUCCUGCUCGGGGAAGAGGUGCUCCUCCCCCGCCACCUUCAAGAGCACCCACAGCUGCACCUCCGCCACCGCCUCCUUCCAGACCUGGUGUGGGUGUCCCUCCACCCCCACCAAACAGGAUGUACCCUCCUCCACCUCCAGCUCUUCCUUCUUCAGCACCUGCGGGGCCUCCACCACCACCUCCACCCCUGUCCGGGUCAGCAUCAGUGGUACCACCCCCUCCACCUCCACCUCCGCCUCCACCUGGGCCUCCACCUCCUCCUGGCCUCCCUGCUGAUGGAGACCAUCAAGUUCCAUCUCCUGCCGGAAACAAAGCAGCUCUUCUAGAUCAGAUUCGAGAGGGUGCUCAGCUGAAGAAAGUGGAACAGAACAGCCGGCCUGUGUCCUGCUCUGGAAGGGACGCACUUUUAGACCAGAUACGGCAGGGUAUUCAACUGAAAUCUGUGUCUGAUGGCCAAGAGUCUACACCACCAACACCUGCACCCACUUCAGGAAUUGUGGGUGCACUGAUGGAAGUCAUGCAAAAAAGGAGCAAAGCCAUUCAUUCUUCAGAUGAGGAUGAUGAAGAAGAUGAUGAGGAAGAUUUUGAGGAUGAUGAUGAAUGGGAAGACUGAUCUAUAUAUUAUAUAUAUAUACAUAUAUAUAUUUUUACGGUGAAAUACUAAACACUACUUUCUGUCUAUGGAUUCUGUAAAAUUAUCAUGUAAAUGUUCUACCAAUUUGCUGUAUAUUUUUGUUGCCUUUUUGCUUUUUUUUAAUUAAUCUGUGCAAUACCUCAUUUAAUCUGUAAAGGUUUGUCAUAAUCUCCCCUGUUAUUGUGUGCAAGUUUACACCAGAAUGCUCACUUAUUGUGAAUAUUUUUCAUUCCAUCAACAGGGGAGUUUAUAUAUUAUAUGUGAGACUGACAAUAAACCUUAAUGUAAUUUAGUUAUAAUGCCAGAAGGAAAACACUAUUUUCAUACCCUACUUUUUCUGUACCUAAAUUUUCUUAUUAAAAUCUAGUAUAGCACUAAGUUCUUUUUAAAGUGAUGUAAAUUUCAGUUUCUUUAGCCCCUUCAUUUUAAAUACAAUGCUACAUAUGAAUGUUGAAGCUGAUACAUUGCACAGUUCUCUAAAUAUCACUACACUGCAGUUUUUCAAAGUUCAACAAUGUGCUCUGCAUAAAAUCACUACAAAGAUACUAUUGGAGAAGAAUGUUAACACUCUUGUUAUAAUCAUAAUGCCUGUUGUGGUUCAGCAGUGGUGUUUGCAGGCUGAAAUUAUAGGAGCCCUUACAUAUCUGUACUUGAGGUUAUUUUUAAUGCUAUAGCAAAUGUGGCAGGCCCUUUUUGGCAAAAAGUUGAAAUAUAUUUUUGGUAUUAUUCUGAAAAGUUAUUUAAGUUGGAGUUUUGCAGGUUUCAACAGUAGUUUCCUGCUUUAUAGCCAAUAUGGUUAUUCUACUGUUUGAUGAAAAAUCUUACCAAAACAUUAUUUUAAUAAUAAGUGCUUUUAUUUUGCAGUUUGAAAAACUUAAGGUACUCAGAAAUACGAACUAUAGAGAAAAAAUAUGUUGGCAAAGGUAUAUACUAUAUAGAUAAUUUUGUUUGGGUAACUUCUCAAGAAUUUUGUCAAAUAGGUGAAAUAUUACGUUUUUCUGGAAAGAUUAAUGGUCCCAUGUCAAACUUAUUGGAACACAUAACUAAUUUUAAUAGAUUUUUAAAAAUAAAAUUUUACAACCUACACAUUUGUUAUGCAUACAAUAUGAUGUGUUAAAAUUAGGGCUUCCUUGUUUCUACAAUACACUAAUCUGCCCAAUGGUGAUUGUCUGAUAUUUAUAGUGCUAACUAUCACACCUACCUACUUUGAGUUUCAGGUAGAAAAUAAUCUGAUUUAAAUACAGGCAUAUUUUUCUCACACUGAGUCAUAUGCAGAAUGUAGUUUCAAAUGUAUUUCAUUAUUAUAGUCACAAUAUCCAAUUAAAAAAAUAUGCUAUCUAGAAUUAUACUGACCAAAAUCAAGUAUUGGCAUGAUCUUGACAGGCUGGACCUGCAAGAUGUGGCGUGAAUUUUAACCAGUUUAUCACAUAAUCUCUAGUGAUCAUGCAUCUAGUUAUCAUAAAAAAAAUAAUUUAAAAGGUUUAGUUACUGAAAGCAGUAAGUGGUGCAGUAAAAUAGUUUAAGUUAUUCAAGGAAUGUUAUCUUCCUUGAAAGAGUAAUUUAAGCACAUGGGAAAGAUUCUAGAUUUUUGUUUCCUGUAAAAACAGUGCUCUUUGCUGCUAAAAACUGUUUCCCGCUUACUGUCAAUUUUAUCGUGGCUUGAGCUCAGUGACGGUGUGUGGAUGAGGCUGGACAGCUACUGAUCAGUGGCAAAUAUUACAUCAUGAUUAUUUUAAAUAAGUAACAGUAAACUGCUUUUCUUUUUCACAUUAUAAAAGAUAUCUAAAAUUUCCUAUAGUGUCUUUAAGAUAAUGCCAAUUUAAUAUGUCUCCUAACUUUUGGCCAAGGAUUCAGGAUUUUCCAGCUAACUUUGGAAUUUACCAGAAGCUUUUCUGAGGACAGGAUGUCAGUUCUUUGAGUUGGAAAUACCAUGUAUAACAAUAUUUGAGUUGGAAACCCCACAUAGAAGAAUCUUUCUAACCAAAGGUAAUUGAGCUUUUUUUCCUCGAAGUAGAAAAGACUUGUUACUGCACAGUCUGAAUUUCUGGUAGUUGAAACACAGUAGCUAUGGGGUUCAGUCCAGGCCUGAUGACUAAAGUGGUUUAGCAAGUAAGAUGUAAGGUUGCAUGUUCCAGUCCUCCACUGUCUUGCGCUCUGGGUGGAAUCCUACCUGUACUUUGUCUGAAAGCCUCCCGCGUAUACUCCAGCUAAAUGAUUGUCUGGUCGCCUUUGCAUUUAACAUACUAGCAUGAGGCCUUUUCUAUCUAAAUGCUACGUGAUAGACAAUUUUAGCUAGCCACAUAUUGUAUGUAUGAAAAAAAGAUUUUCAAUCAUUUCCAUUUAUCAACUGAAAUUUUGUUUAGUAUGUGAAUUUUUUUUGAAAUGUAUAGUGAAUAGGAUGAUGCACUGGUGGCAAUUCAUCAUAGAGCAUAAUAAAAUUAAUUUGACCCAAGUAGUACAAAAUAGCGUGUUUUUAUUUAUUUGUUGAGAGAUUAAAAUAAGUCUACAAGCUUAAGUUGUAGGAUAUAGCAAAAAAGUCCACAGCAAUUAUGGACAAAGAUCAGAGUUUCCAACAGACUGCCUUCUAUGAGAGUUGGAGUGUGCCAUUAAAUAAACAUGGUAAGCAAAGAAUGUUACACCCUGUUCUGUUGGGAAAUAGAACAGCUGCUUAGCGGCUCUGGGGAAGCCACUGCUGGUGUGUGGAGCACCACACUACAAGGUCAAACCGGAGCUCUUGCACAUACCAAAAAUGUUGAAGGUUGCCUUAUUACAAUAAUAACGGGAAUGUAUUGGUAGCUUCAGUAAGUGCCAAAUAUAGCAGCUCGUAUGUGACAUGAAGUAGCUUCUAAUACACAGAAUGAGCAAUAGUGUCAAAGAUGGUGCUCACUUUAAGCAAGAAAUGCAGUUUCUGAUGACUAGAACCUUCUGUUUCCCUGACCCUGCCACAAGUGGGUGUCUGGAAACCAAACAGUUCUGGAAUCCAGAGUGUAGGAUGCUACAGAAUUCUUUGAAGAGGUUUAGUCAGAUUUAGCAAACAUUUCAAGGAUAGUAUGUUCUGUUAAUAAGUCAUUUCUGCUGUCCAAUAAUGAACACUUUUAAGAAUGUAUUAAAACCUUUAAGGAAAUUUUAAAGAAAUGCCUUAGAAUUGUACCAUCACAUCCUAUUUCUCCAGUCAACAGAGAUUCCCAAAAUGACUUUGCUUUAGGAACAAGCUCCUGAAGGACAAGUGGAGUGGUUAGGUAUAUUUAUAGUACAAUAGACA